CGCGUGUGGGGAGUGGGUUUAAAAACGUCUGGCCUACGAAUGGGGCGGAGGUGGGGGUCUGAGGAGGCUUGAGCGUGAGUGACCCUGACUUUGACCGUAAAGUUUGAUCUGUUCUUUGGAAUUGUUGAGCGAAUGUGAAACUGUCUUAAGAUUAUGUGUGGUUGCACCUAAGAAGAAGACGUGGAGACCCAACAUUGAGGCCACUUCUUUGUGCAUCUCUGGAAAGUAUAUCUUUCUCAUCUUUCAGAAGACCCAGGGGCCCCAGAGGGCUCAUCCUGAGUUCUAAAAUACUUUGGUCACAGCAGUAACAGUUUAGUGCUGUGUCAUUUACCCCAGUAGGAGGUUUUAAAGAGACCAAACUGGAUAUGUUCUUACAUUGAAGAAGCCAAACUGGAUGGUAAAGAAAGAAGUGGAAAAAGGUCUGUCUAGAAUAAUUCUGAGAAGAUAAUGAGCAGAUAAAGCAACAUCAAGACUUGUGAGAUCAUACACAGAGAAGUUUUAUAAAUGUAAGAAAUGUUGAAAUAUCUUCAGUCAAAAGUAAAUCCUCAUUCAUCAAAAAAUUUAUACUGGAGAGAAAUCUUGUGAAUGUGGGAAAGCUUCCAUUCAGAUGUCACACCUCGGUCAGCAGAGAAAUGGUGGGGAAAGCCCCUUGGCCUGUAAAGUAUGUGGGAAAAUCUUCAGCCAAAAAUCCAGUCUUACUGAACACGAGAAUUUUCAUAACAGAGAGAAACCUUUUGAAUGUAAUGAAUGUGGGAAAGCCUUUAGCCAAAAGCAGUAUGUUAUUAAACACCAGAACACCCAUACUGGAGAGAAGCUUUUUGAAUGUAAUGAUUGUGGAAAAUCCUUUAGCCAGAAGGAGAACCUCCUUACUCAUCAGAAAAUUCACACUGGAGAGAAACCUUUUGAGUGCAAAGAUUGUGGGAAAGCUUUCAUUCAGAAGUCAAACCUCAUCAGACACCAGAGAACACACACAGGAGAGAAGCCCUUCAUAUGUAAACAGUGUGGGAAAACCUUUAGUGGCAAAUCAAAUCUUACUGAGCAUGAGAAAAUUCAUAUUGGAGAGAAACCCUUUAAAUGUAAUGAAUGUGGAACAGCUUUUGGCCAGAAGAAGUACCUCAUAAAACAUCAAAAUAUUCACACUGGAGAGAAACCUUAUGAAUGUAAUGAAUGUGGAAAAGCCUUUUCUCAAAGAACAUCACUCAUUGUACAUGUGAGGAUUCAUUCAGGUGAUAAACCUUAUGAAUGCAAUGUAUGUGGGAAAGCCUUCUCUCAGAGUUCUUCUCUCACUGUACAUGUGAGAAGCCAUACAGGUGAGAAGCCCUACGGUUGUAAUGAAUGUGGGAAAGCUUUCUCACAGUUCUCAACCCUAGCCCUGCAUUUAAGAAUACACACAGGUAAGAAGCCUUAUCAAUGUAGUGAAUGUGGAAAAGCUUUUAGCCAGAAGUCACACCACAUUAGACACCAGAAAAUUCAUACUCAUUAAGACCUGUAAAUAGCUUCAAAAUGAGAAAAUAUGCACCAGGAAUUUGUAUCUCGCAGUGAAUCAGAACUAUUUUGAAGCAAAGUAUCCUGAGUGAAGUGAACUUUAAAAUAAAUGCUAAAAUUUUAUAGGACACCAACAGUUCAUACUGAAGAAAAAGACAUUUGUAUGAUGAAAAGACUGCUCACUCCAAAUGAAAAAAAAUGUCAGAAGUAAUACUGCAGAUGCAUUUCCCUAAAAUCAGGGACAGAAAAUAUAGAGGCCUGUUACUACACUCAGCAUAAAUAUGGAGAUCUUCAUCGUAUCGGAAAAAUAAGUUUUAAGUAUUACAAAGGAAAAAACAAAGUAAUAAGCCUUUGUGCUAGGUAGAAGAUAUUCCAGAAAGACCUGUGCAUUUAUUCAAAUAUAGAAUAUGAAAGAUGGCGUUGGGAGGUAAGGAAAUAAUUUAAAGACCUGUUUGAAGGUAAUUUGAGGGUACAGAGUAGAGCAUGGGUUACACAGAAAAGUAAAACUCACAAGAAUUAAAGACCAUUACUAAAAUCCAGUGUACUAAAAAUGGUUAUGACCUUGAGAGUAGGAAAACAUUUCUUGUAACAAACUCAAAAAUAUGUAUUAGUUGUAGUUGCCUGUAUGCUCAGGAAAUACCAGGAGUUUCUCUGUGGCUCAAUUUGUAAUAGCUGGAUACUGGAAACAAUUCAAAUAUCUUAUGGAAUAUUACACAUCUAUAAAAAUGUAACAGAUCAAAGCCACAUGUUGAUGGAAACACCUGAAAAAUGUUGAGAGGGAAAGUUGGAGAAGGAUGCAUAUAGUACAAUGACUUUGUAAAUUUGAAUUCUAUGAGUUUCCUUGAUACAGUUCAACACUUUAUAUUGCUAAUGGAUUCACAUACAUAUGUAAAUGUUUUUGAAGUGAAUUGGAAGGAUACAGACCAAACUUGAUGUUGGUCUGUGAAGAAUGGAGAAGGGAUAGGAAUGAGAGAGGGUGGGGGUGGGGAGGGGCUUCAUCUUUUUAUAUAAAUAUCCAUUUCUCUGCAAGUAAAUGUAAUAAGAUACUCGCUAAUUCUGCAUUGUGGUAUAUGGAUAUCUUGUCUUAUUUUUUGUACUUUUCUGUAUUUUUAAAGUUUCACAAAAUUAAAGAAUAGGGUGUUGAUGAAAAUUCUGUACCUGUAGAAAUUAUGUUAUAAUGAAUUAAUUCUCAAUCAAAUACUAAACUUUUUAUAGAAGUUAUUUCUAAAAAUUUUAUCAACAAUGAGUGGAUGGACUUAAUGUAUGUAAUAUGAAAUUAUCUAUUUUAUUAAAAUUUAAAAUGAAA